AUAACAGUGGGACCAACAACAGCUAAGCCCUGCCGCGAGGACUCUGACAAUGAAGAAACAUAUAGUAUUCUUUUUCUACAUGGGAACAGUAUAAUAUAUAAACUUUCAUAAAUACUUGUUGGGGUGAAAAUAACAUUUGAAAUAGAAGGAUUGCACAAUAGGCUGGUAAAGUCCAAUAGAUAGCCUACACAAUAAUGAAAUAACUUAAGUUCAGUUGUCAGUGGAUGGCUGGAUUUUAUAAUGACAAACAGAUUACAUUUUUAUGAGGAGCAAUAUUUAUUCAUUUUUGUUCAGGUGAGGUAUUGGUUACUAAAGCAAUUAAGAGUCCCAUGGCCAGAGAUAACAACUUAAGAUCAACAAUGAUUAAUAAUUAUUGCAGUGUAUCAUGCCAUUGAAAACAUUUGGGAUAAUGCUCAGAGUAUCAUAUUUUAUUUAAGGAGUAAUGUUAUAUUUAAUCUUUUAUAUUUAAUCGACACAGGCCCAGUCUUGCUUUUCUUAGUUUAGGCCAUUUUCUUUCCUUUUUUUAUUUUUUACAUUUUGUGUCUGAAGCCUAAUUGUGUUUGAGUUAAAUGGCCAACGUAGCCUUAGUAAGAGACAUCCAGACUAUGGGUAAAAAAUUGGGGGGGGGGAGGAAAAAAGUCUAUAAGCACUCAUAUCAUAGUCUUUAUCUCUGGUGCUGUCUGCAUUAGUGUAACGGAGCAUGUAAUGAGGCCAUUAGCCUCUGUCACGAGUCACGACCCAUUCCACGCACCACGGCGCAGACACACGAGCAGACAGACCAGGCCCAUUUAGCUGUCGCUUUAAGACCCAUUUCCCCCCAUUGUCAAACAGUCGUGAGCAGGAAGAGAGAGACGCGAGAGGGAGAGGCAGAGCGAGGGGGGCUGAUGUAUUUAUACCACGAUGCUUCACAAUAACACAGGUUUUACGUGGAAGAGAAUGGCCACUGACAACUCUGUCCAGAAAUACCCAAACCGAGCGAGAUGCGCUAAGCUUGAGUAGUGCGUAAUCAAACGGUUUCUGAAUUGAUCACUUGGAGGUGACACUGCCUCAGGAAAUAAUGACAUUGCCUUCUGCAGCCACUACGCACAACAUUUCUUGUCUUGCGGCCAUUUCGACUGAAUAGCCUCUUCAAUUAUCGCGCCGGAGCCGGAGUUGUGCGCGGACAUCGAGGAGAGCGUCGGGAGAGCGUGCGCGGAGCAGGUGUAGUCCUUCACUGUCUGUGUGCGCACUGUAGGCAAGAGGCUGCAUUAUUGUCUUCAUCGGAUCGACAUCGGCUUUUCAAAUGACGUCCACUAUAGAGAGGAAGACACUGGAGGCCAAUGAGUAAGUAACAUGGAGAUUUAUGUUUGCUCCAACAAGGCAUCCAAGGACACGAAAAAAACCUAGACUGUUACUACUACUGUACACUGUACUUUAAUACAGCGUAAAUGCAGCCUUGAGGACAUGUUACCCUGAGUGCUAUAAUGUAAAUAAUUAUAACUUGUUUCCUUAUUAUCAAGUUACCUCAUAGCUGAUGUUGAAGGCGCCAAUCUCUCUUGUUACAACUCUGACUCAUGAUGUACUCUUCAUUUCCCCUUCCCUUUCCUGUGCACUAAGAGAUGACCCCGGAGUUGAAUGACACAGUUUAUUAUGCCAACACAUAGGAAAUACUUUAAGUUAAAUUAUAUUGUUGUUUGGAAUUGUUAAUACAAAGAAUUAUUUAAAAAACAGGAACUUAAAAAUGCACUAUGUAACUUUUUCUGGUGGAAGGUCCGCCACCAGCUUACCUCCAUGGAGAUGUUAUUGGUUUGUCUGGAAUGUUCCACUCUAGAGCCAGUGGAUGAGGUGCUGCAGAUGCCCCCCUCCCUCCUGACCUGUGGAGGGUGCCAGCAGAGCAUUGGGGACCGGUUCUUCUUGAAGGCCAUAGAGCAGUACUGGCACGAGGACUGUCUCAGCUGUGACCUGUGCGGCUGUAGGCUGGGGGAGGUGGGCCGACGACUCUACUACAAACUGGGGAGGAAACUCUGCAGGAGAGACUACCUCAGACUCUUUGGACAGGAUGGACUGUGUGCUUCCUGCGAGAAGAGGAUCCGAGCAUUUGAAAUGACCAUGAGGGUGCGAGACAAAGUGUACCACCUGGAGUGUUUCAAAUGUGCUGCCUGCCAAAAGCACUUCUGUGUGGGCGACCGCUACCUGCUCAUCAACUCAGACAUAGUUUGUGAACAAGACAUCUUUGAGUGGACUAAACUCAAUGGAAACAGCCUGGUAUAGGGCAUCCCACUGUCCCACAAUAUUUUAAUGGGACGCACAGACAGUUCAAAGUCUCAAGGGCAGCUAUAGCUCAACAGCGUUCUCUACUGGACACCACUGACAAUUGCACCAGCUGUUACAGAAAAUGUCUCAUUGACUGCAAUGCAAAAAAUAUGUAAAAUGCAAUAAUGUUUUGUAAUUUAAAACAAAACAAAACAAACAAACAAAACAAACAAAAAAAAA